UGGUUCUGGUGGUGAUUGAUCCUUUGAUUCUUGUCGUGAUGGCUCCUUUGAUUCUUGUCGUGAUGGCUCCUCCUCUGACUGUCGUUCCUUCUCUGAUUGUCUUGAUGAUUUCUCUUUUGGUUCUCUUUCUGGAUGCUUUGAUGAUGAUGAAUCCUUUGGAUCUAGUUCUUUUUGAUGAUGUCUUGAUGAUGGAUCCUUUGAUUCUGAUUCUUCUGGUACCAAUACUGUUGAUUUUAUUUCUUGAUCUAGUCUUGAUUCUUCUUCCUUUGGCUUUUUGGGUGCUCGAUCAUCUUGUGCAAUGAUAUUUUCUUCUUGGACUGACUGCUUUGGAUCAUCUAUAGUAGAUGUUAAUUCUUGUUGUUGAUGUCCUUUUUUAUCCUUCUUUUGUCGAUGCGGAUGGUCUUGUUUUUCUUCUGUGUAUAGAAUAGUAUUAGAAUAAAAUAUGGAAAUACCGUUUUUUUUUUUU